AUGUCAUCCAACAAUAACACAAGCAUUACAUUAGCGAUUCUUCAACUUCAAAGCGCUUUUCGAUAUCCAAGUCUUAUUUUAGGGUUUACUCUAUUGAUCGGUGGUGUAUUAGGCAAUAUUCUUAAUAUAAUCAUCUUUAUUAAAGUGGGAAAUUACAAAAAUAAUGCAUGUUCACUUUACAUGUUCAUUCGAGCUUUUAUUGAUCUCUACAUUCUUCUUGCUGGUUUAGCUACUCGAAUGCUUGCUACAGGUUUCCAGAUGGAUUUUACUUUAAUGAAUAGAAUCUGGUGUAAAACUCGCGUGGGUUUUCUCGAUAUUAAUAGCCAAAGUACAUUUACUUUGAUUUGCUUACAAGCUAUUGAUGCUUUCAUGUGUUCUUCUCCAUCAGCUCUUGUACGACAAAAGAGUAACAUUCAAACAGCACGAUAUUUAGUCAUUGGUACUCUUUGUUUUUGGUGUAUUCAUGAGAUACCCUUCUUCAUCUUUCAAGAUCUUGUUAUCGUAGGAGGUACCCCCAUGUGCAUUGGAACAAAUGCAAUAUUUGCUCAGUAUCGCAGCUAUUUUGUCGCUCUUUGUGUUGUCACUAUUAUACCUAUCAUAGUGAUCUCUAUUUUUGGAUUCCUCACUGUCCGACAUAUGAAAACUAUCAGUGUGACAAGAACACUUUCUUCUCUAACAAGACAAACAAUUAGCAUGGCAUUAUUUCAAAUAGUUGCUGUAUUAGUAUUUAAUGGACCAAAUGCAGCUUCGAUAAUUUAUUCAGUGGCUACAGCAAAUGUAGCUAAAGAUAGUUAUAGACGAGCAGUGGAACAGCCAAUUUCUUUAUUAAUUGCCACUUAUUCUUAUGGCCCAUUUGCAAGUUCAUUUUAUUGUUACUGUUUAUCAAAACGAUUUCGAUUUCAAUCGGUCGUAUCUCUGAAAGAACUGGUUUGUGGUAUACAUACGAACCAAGUAUUUCCAAGUACACAAAGAAGUGGUACUCGUACUCAACUACCAGCAUACGUUAACAAUUAA